CUGUUAUACAUAUAUUUCUAUGUGUGUGUUUAUGUGAUCUUGACGUCGAUUUGUGCGGGUUUUGAGCUCGACACGUGUGGCUAUGGCGGGGGUUUGUUAUGGAAUGUAGACCAAGAGCUUAGACUCUGUACCAUGGAUUCGAAAUUUGAGGAAGUUCGGUUUGUUUUUUACAAAGAUGCUUAGGAGCAUUCAGCUCCGCGUUAACUCAUUCAAACCGUAUUUUUUUUUUAAUCACGAUUUGGUUUGUAGUAUUGAUUGGAGAAUUGAUGAGGGAAUAUAUACGUGAUGCUGUGGGAUCAUGUUUUUCUUUUUAUAUGUGUGUCAGAGAAUUCUGAGUUCAGGAGUAUGAUUUAAUAGUUUUUCAUUUCGUUCGUUUUCUUCUGGUUAAAUUUAGUUUUUAUCGUAGGAUCUAGUGAAAGACGUAGGGAUACUUAUGUAGAUGUGGAUCACGUUGUUGAGCUGUUUGAGGGGAAUGUUGAAUAAUAUUUUAAUUGGAGGCUGGUUUGAUUGAGAAGAAAAACGACAUGGGCGGUGGAAUUAGAAUUCAUGUGAAGUAUGUUGUUGUCCUUGUUGAGCAAGCGUUCAUUGUAUGAUGAGUCCAGGGAUACUUAUGGAUUUACUGUGAGACCUCAACAUAUUCAUAGAUAUCGUGAGUACGCCCAUAUCUACAAGGAAGAAGAAGAAGAGAGAUUGCAGAAAUGGAAGAGCUUUCUUGAGCAGCAAGCAGAGCCGACUAGUGAAGACAUUAUUAAACCUGUUGUUUCUGAGGAUACCAAGCAGCCAAGUGAUCCUGCGCAGACAGUGAGUGGAGAAAGCGAUGAUUCAACUGAACCAAGCUCGCCAGGUUCUGAAGUCACAGAAAAGAAGACCGAGCUUGCUGAAGAGGUGAGUGAAGAGGCGGAUGAUUCAAGUGAAAAGAAAACUGAGCCUGUGGAAAAGGUGAGUGAAGAAGCGGAUGAUUCAAGUCAAAAGAGGCCGGUUUCUGACACUCGGGAGGAAAGUGUUCCGUCGAAGGAAACUCCAACUACCCAACAUGCAAGGCCACGUGUGGUGCAGACAUGGGCUGAAAUUAACCCCUCUCUAAACUAUAUUGACCAUAUGAUGAGUGUACGUGUUAAGAAGAGAAAAAACAUGACGGAUGAAAAGAUAAUACAUAUGCACAAUGACCUUCCAUCAAUUGAUGAGGCAAGACUCUCAGGAGAAGAAUCCGACAAUGAGGACAAGGAUGUCUUCUGUGACAAAGAGAUAAUUGAUGAUAGUGCAAAUGCUUCUGCUAGAGAAAGUAGUGCCAGUGAUAAAAUAUCCCGGCAACCUUUUUUCCCUUGGAAACAAGAACUAGAGUUUCUUGUUCAAGGAGGAGUGCCUAAAGAUCUUAGAGGAGAGGUAUGGCAAGCUUUUGUUGGUGUGAGGACCCGCCGAGUGGAAAGAUAUUACCAGGAUUUGCUGGCUAUAGAAAGUGAUGCCAGCGACGGAAAAGAGGAUGAUAAAUUAUUGUCAGGAGAGAAUAAGAUGCAACAUGAAGGGACGGGAUAUGAUUUGCCAGAAAAGUUGAAAAAGCAGAUUGAGAAGGAUCUGCCUCGAACAUUUCCUGGGCACCCUGCACUAAACGAAAAUGGAAGAAAUUCACUAAGGCGUGUACUCUGGGCAUAUGCACGGCAUAACCCCUCUGUUGGAUAUUGCCAGGCAAUGAAUUUUUUUGCUGGCUUAUUACUUUUGAUGAUGCCAGAGGAAAAUGCAUUUUGGACAUUGGUGGGUAUAAUCGAUGACUAUUUUGAGGGUUAUUUCUCACAAGAAAUGAUAGAAUCCCAGGUUGACCAGCUUGUUUUUGAGGACUUGAUGCGUGAAAGGUUUCCUAAACUGGUGAAUCAUCUUGAUUACUUGGGAGUAGAGGUGGCAUGGAUAUCUGGGCCCUGGUUCCUUUCGAUCUUUGUAAAUAUGCUUCCAUGGGAAAGUGUUCUUCGUGUGUGGGAUGUGCUUCUGUUUGAAGGGAACCGUGUAAUGCUCUUUAGAACUGCACUUGCUUUGAUGGAUUUAUAUGGACCUGCUAUAGUAACAACAAAGGAUGCUGGAGAUGCUAUAACAUUAUUGCAAACGCUCACUGGUUCCACAUUUGAUAGCAGCCAACUUGUCUUGACUGCUUGCAUGGGUUUCCUGACCAUAACUGAAGAUCGAUUGCAAGAACUAAGGGAACAGCAUAGGCCAGCUAUAGUUGCAACAGUCGAGGAAAGAGCAAAAGGAGGUCGAGUUUUUAAAGACCCUAAAGGUCUUGCAACUAAGCUAUACAGUUUCAAGCAUAAUCCUGAAUCAAUAGUAAAAGAAAACAAGAACGAAGCUGGGCCAGGUGAUAAGGUAGAUGCGGGUGAAAUAUCCGGUCUAGAUUCUGAUGGUGCCAACUUGGAUGAAUUUCUGAAGGGCAUAACUAUUGAUUCUGAAGUAGACUCUCUUCCAGAUCUUCAGGAACAGGUGGUUUGGUUAAAGGUUGAGCUGUGUAGGUUGCUGGCCGAAAAGAGAUCUGCUGUGCUCAGGGCCGAAGAAUUAGAAGCUGCACUGAUGGAGAUGGUCACGGAAGAUAAUAGAAGAGAACUGAGCGCAAGGGUCGAGCAGUUGGAGCAAGAGGUUGUGGAACUCCGUCAGGCUCUGGCUGAUAAGAAAGACGGGGAGAAUGCAAUGCUUCAGGUUUUGAUCAAAGUGGAGCAAGAACAGAAGGAAACUGAAGAUGCUCGACUCUUUGCAGAACAAGAUGCUGCUGCUCAGAGACAGGCGGUGCAAGUUCUUCAGGAAAAGUAUAACAAGGCCAUGGCUUCCCUGGCUGAGAUGGAGAAGCGGGCUGUUAUGGCCGAAUCAAUGUUGGAAGCGACAUUGAACUAUGAAUCUGGGCAAACUAAAGCAGCAUCUUCCCCAAGGUAUGGGCGUAUAGAAUCACCACGGGAGGCAUCAACAAAGAAGACGGGUAUACUUCCAUUUGGCAUCUCUUGGCGAGACCGCAAGGGAAAAGAUGGCGAUACGGAUCCUGGUACUAAUGACCGUCAAGAAUAGAGAAAACAG